CUCGAGUAAACUCACGUCAACAGAAAAUUUCAUUUUUCAGAGACAUACAGUGUACGCCACGCUGCUUCGCAAAGAAAACACGUGGUUGGAAAUGUCGGAGAUACAAUCAAAGAAGAAAAAGGAAAAGAAGAAGUUAGCAGCAGUAGCUGAUUCUCAACUUCAAGAUGAUUUUCUGAUACCGCCCUCGUCACAAGUCACCAAGCUUGAAACGUCACAAUGGCCACUGUUGUUGAAGAACUAUCAAACUCUAAACGUCCGUACUGGCCACUACACACCCCUCCCAUGUGGUUGUUCACCGCUGAAGCGCGAUAUUAGGGAUUAUGUUGGGAGUGGUUUCAUCAAUUUAGACAAGCCUGCAAAUCCGUCCUCGCAUGAAGUUGUCUCAUGGAUUAAGAAAAUCUUACGAGUUGAAAAAACAGGGCACAGUGGAACACUGGAUCCAAAAGUCACAGGGUGUCUGAUUGUUUGCAUUGAACGAGCAACGCGAUUGGUCAAAUCCCAGCAAAGUGCAGGCAAAGAGUAUGUCGCUGUGAUCCGUCUACACAGUGCCAUUGAAGACCAGACUGUUCUGUCAAGGGCAAUUGAGACGCUACAGGGCGCCCUCUUUCAAAGGCCACCUUUAAUAUCAGCUGUAAAGCGACAACUACGUGUCAGGACAGUUUAUGAUAGUAAACUAAUUGAAUAUGAUUCAGAGAGACACCUUGGUAUAUUCUGGAUGAGCUGUGAAGCAGGUACAUAUGUGAGGACACUGUGUGUUCACCUUGGGCUGUUGUUGGGAGUAGGAGCACAGAUGGCAGAACUUAGACGAGUGCGGUCCGGUAUCCAGUCAGAAAAGGAGGGUUUAGUGACAAUGCACGAUGUACUUGAUGCCCAGUGGGUUCAUGACAACCAUAAAGAUGAAGAAUAUCUACGAAGAGUAAUUAAGCCACUAGAGGGCCUCCUAACUUCGCACAAAAGGGUCGUUGUUAAGGACAGUGCUGUGAAUGCUAUCUGCUAUGGGGCAAAGGUCAUGUUACCUGGUGUACUUCGUUUUGAAGACGGCAUUGAGCUUAACUCUGAGAUAGUAAUCAUGACCACAAAAGGUGAAGCUAUUGCACUUGGUGUCGCUCUGAUGACAACAGCGGUUAUGGCCACAUGUGAUCAUGGACUUGCGGCAAAGCUAAAGAGGGUUAUUAUGGAACGCGACACAUAUCCUCGUAAAUGGGGCUUAGGACCAAAGGCUAGCAUUAAAAAAACAAUGGUAAAACAAGGUUUAUUGGACAAACAUGGUAAAGUAAAUGAAAAGACGCCAAAAUCCUGGACCGAGAGCUACGAGGACUACAGUGCAAAGAAAACUGAAGAACCAUCCAAAACAGAUGAAGUCGAAGCUACGCCAAUGAAAAAACGUAAACGAACAGAAUCUAAUAGUAGUGAGGGAAGUAACAAAGCCACUGAAGAAACACCGAAGAAGGAAAAGAAAAAGAAAGAUAAGAAGAAAAAGAAAAGGGAUACAGACGAAACUAUUGCAGAGGAAAAAACGGAAGAAAACACAGAGGAGGAAGGAAACUCAGAAGUAAAGAAAAAGAAGAAAAAAAAGAAGCAAAAGAAAGAAAAAGUAGAUGAAGAUUCAGAUUGAACAUCAUCAAGUUUUUAUUUGUACUGAAAAGGGAAUGAUCACUUAAUCAUGACAUACUGUACUAUUAGUAACUUUUAUCUGUUAGAAAACAGAUGUUUAUUUUUGAUCAAACAUUGAUGAAGAAGAACAGUGUCCAACUUACAAAGGUAGAAAUGUGCAAAACAUGUUUUCGUCAAAUAUGUUGGAACCAGAAAUACACAUUCAAAAUCUGAUCAAAGAUUUUGAGUCUAACAGUCUAAUUUGAACUUUCGAUUCAAAAACAUAGAAUGGAUUCGGCUAAGAACCGUUCCAGAUUUCAAGAAUGUAAUGCACAACGUUCAGACAUGCGUAGGUAAAUCAACAUGACGCAUUACUUUCUAUGUUUUGCGUCGCAAAUCGAAAGCUCCCAAAUUCUCCCGCACUCUGUAUAAACACUUGCCUGAUGGAAAAAUAGUCUGCCAACUGUUGGUGGCAGUCAAAGUAUGUCAUUGUGCAACUCGUCACAUCGCAAUCUCGUGACAUCUCCCGACGUAGUGUACACAACUUUGUAUUAACUGUUUUUACCGAAACAGAUAGUUUAUGUGUAGCGUAUGAAUAGAUAUAAAUUUCUCUUUGUUCACUUGUGUUGUUCCAGUAUAUGCUAACUGGGAAACAAGUUUAUACCUGCCAAACAGACUGAUUCUUAGGUGCUUUGUUAGAGGGUGCUGUAUCAUCAAUGUUAAGUAAUACAGCUUCGUAAAUCUUUCAAUUGAGAAAUAUCGUGGAUGAACUUUUAUAUUCCCUUUCAUCUGCGAGAAAAGAUCUAACUCUGAGUUUGUUAACGGUACAUUUUACCAAGAAAUGUUUGUUUUCAAAUUUUAGAAUUCUAACAUUAAAGUUGCUUUUUUCCCAAUUUUUUAAUUACAAACAUUCCAAUAUUUUUGUAGUGGUGGAUAUAUUAACUAAUAACUUUAUUUUUUUUACCAUAAAUUUGGAUUGUGCUUCGUGGGAAAGUAACCAUAAAUGCACACUCUUCCAGCAAAGAGCACAGAAUUGCAAGAUGUCAAACUACCCUGAUAUUUUAUGCACACAGUGAAACGUUAAAAAAAGUACUAUCACGAGAUGGGGGCAGCCUAUUAGAAUUCGAAUAGAGCUAAACCUUACGUUUCAGUGAAUCCCCUCGAGUCGGACCUCUUGCAGGUUUAUACUCCUUGUUUAGGUAAUGUAUGCUGAUUGAAUGAAAAACAUCAUGUGAUUCAGACUUAAUUUUAAAUACUGUACAGUUAAAAACUUUAUACAUAUGUAGUUGGACAAUUGUCUUAGUAGAUAUGGUAGAUAAAAAUAGGUAAUACUGUAAUUAAAAUCAUGGUAAAUUUUGAUGAAAAUUUAGCAUUAAGACAUAUCUCAAUUCUUUUUUGUAUUUUAGUUUGGUCUCUUUUUAAAAUUUGUUUGCAAUUGUACUAUUAGCUGUAAGAAGUGUAUUUUCACUUAGGAAUAUAAAUUUUCACUUAAAGAUGUGUGGGAGGGGAAUGAUCCAGCCAUGGUAAGAAAGAGGUGGAGUGAAUUUGCGAACUGAGUGAGAGUCUCAGGGAAGAGCCCCUGGUAGGGGAGAGCCUGUGGUAGGGGUGCAUGGGGGAAACCUCCCUUAACCCUAUAGCACCUUCAUUAAUUUGAGUUUAUCUUUGAUUUUUACUUUUUAGCAUGGAUGUGUGGCAUUAAAUGUAUUGAUCUGUGUACAAGGUACACAAGGUGAAGAAGGUUGUGUGGUUAUCAGGGGUGGCAUCAUGAUUUGCCAAA